AUGGAAAUAUUGUGCUUGAUGUUUAUCUUGAUUUUAAAAACGAUUCAUAGUACCACAUGUACGACGCUGGCACCAUUUAUUAAAAAAAUCAUAUCGUAUCUCAUUCCUCGCAAACCUUUCCUAGGCGACAGAGCAUUCACCCUCGUAGUCCCCGAAGAUGUUCCGGCUGGAUUUGCCGCCAUUUUUGGAUUUUCACCAAGAAUAUUUAAAGCCAACGACCACAGGUUUGGUUUUGGUUUCCGAUUGGGCAACCACGCGGAUUUUCAAGUGUUGUAUGAGUUCGGACCCCAAACCGUCACAAAACCUCUGCAGCCUGUUAGUAGAACUCGCUCACUCAAUUACCGGGAACAGUUGACCAAAAGGCGGCCCAUACUGGAUUUCUUGCUGCGCAUCGGGAUACUGCAGGACUCUUCGUAUAAAUACGAUAUUAUUCAUAAUAAUGGCGUCAAUUAACCAAGAUACAUA